CUAGUGAGGAGCCACCGUUAAGAGCAUCUUGUAUCUAACAACAUGAGUAACUCCGAACCCCUGCAACUCGGACUGAUCAACUGCAACAACAAAUAUCUCACUGCAGAGGCAUUCGGCUUCAAGAUCAAUGCCUCGGCCACCAGCCUGAAGAAAAAGCAAGUGUGGAGCCUGGAGCCCGUGGGGGAAGAGGCUGGGGCUGUGCUUCUCAGAAGCCAUUUGGGUCGAUAUCUGUCUGCAGACAAGGAUGGACGGGUGUCCGGAGAGAGCGAGGUGCCGGGGCCGGAGUGCCGCUUCUUGAUCAGUGCCCAGGGGGACGGCCGCUGGGUCCUGCAGUCCGAAGCUUACGGCCGGUACCUAGGAGGGUCAGAAGACCGUAUCAGCUGUUUCUCUCCAUCAGUAUCUCCUGCUGAGAAGUGGGGGGUCCACUUGGCCAUGCAUCCCCAGGUCACCUUAUAUAGUGUGACCCGUAAGAGGUACGGCCGCCUGGGCGCCCAAGGAGACGAGCUGUCGGUGGAGCGGGAUGUACCCUGGGGUCUGGACUCCCUCAUCACUCUACUGUUCCAGGAUAACCGCUACAGCAUCCAGACACCCGACCACCGCCUCCUGGCCAUGGACGGUAGUCUGCACGCGGAGUCGGGUCCGGAUACGGGUUACACCCUGGAUAUUUCAGCCGGGAAAGUCGCCUUUCGGGCUGCCGAUGGCCGGUACCUAACUCCCUCCGGGCCCAGCGGGAAACUGAAAGCCGGCAAGAACAGCAAGGCUGGCAGGGAUGAGCUGUUCGUCCUGGAAAGAAGCUGCCCCCAGGUGGUCCUCACAGCGGGCAACGGGAGGAAUGUGUCCACCAGGCAAGGGAUUGACCUCUCUGCCAAUCAGGAAGAGGAGACUGACCAAGAAACUUUCCAAUUGGAAAUAAAUAAGGACACCAAAAAGUGUGCUUUCCGUACUCAUACUGGGAAGUACUGGACUCUCACAAGCAAUGGAGGGAUCCAGGCAACGGCUUCAAGCCUGAAUGACAGCUGCUACUUUGAUAUUGAUUGGUGUGACCGGCGUAUAACCCUCAGGGGAGGAAAUGGCAAAUAUGUGACUGCAAAGAAGAAUGGACAGCUGGCAGCCUCUGUUGAUGCUCCAGGGGAGACUGAACAUUUCUUGAUGAAGCUUAUUAACCGUCCUCUCAUUGUCCUGAGAGGAGAGCAUGGAUUUAUAGGUUGCCGAAAAAUGACAGGCACUCUUGACUCAAAUCGUUCAAUUUAUGAUGUCUUUCAACUGGAGUUUAAUGAUGGUGCAUAUAAUCUUAAAGAUUCAACAGGGAACUACUGGACCGUUGGCAGCGAUUCCUCUGUUACCAGCAGCAGCCCUAACCCCGUAGAUUUCUUUUUUGAGUUCUGCGACUACAACAAAGUAGCAAUAAAGGCUAAUGGCCUGUAUCUAAAAGGAGACCACGCUGGUGUUUUGAAAGCCAAUGCCGAGACAAUCGAUUCCUCAACGCUCUGGGAAUACUGAUUAUACCGUUUUGCUGGUGCUGAUGUCUUGCUGGGCCUGGUUUAGUAUUAAAUUGGUAUCCCUUGCACCUCUGUCCCUACAAGGCAUUAGAUCUAAACAAACCAUUGGUUGCUGAUGGGUUUCCUAUCUAUUUUUGUAAACUUUCAUCUCUGACCAAAAUAUAAAUUAAGGUGCUAAUAGAAACCAUGUCUCGCAUAAACCCUCCUAAUUCUUAAUCAUGACUUAAAUAAAGCUAGGCUUCAGUGAGGCACAGGUGAUGGAACCAAAUGUUAUGAGAAAUUGCUCUUAUGCAGCUGAAGUAAGUCUACUGCAUUUUAAUGGUGUCUGUCUCUGGCUCUUCUGCCACUUUGAACCAAAGCAGGUAAGGAGACAGACACUUCAGUUAUGCUGAUCUACAUUUUUUAGGUAUAUACCAGAACCAGUGAUUCGGCUUUAAAAUAAUUUGCUUUGGUGGCUGUAGAGCCAGUGACCAGCAACUAUAAUUAUGAACAAAAAAUAAUGUGAAAUAGUCCAAUAUAGACUAGCUAAAUAUUUUGGAACUCCGAAGGCCCCUUUCCUACUAGUGCAUUAAAACAGUCUCCAGUCUAGUUACUAAUUUACAAAGAUUUAUUGGACUCUUCUCUCUGGAAUAACUGGAUUUUUUUUUUUGUGAUCUGGUUUUCCUCAAUUCUGUAAAUUCUGCACACUGAUCUGAAGGCCAUUGAAUUGUAAUUGAUACUAGAAGGAACCAAAACAGUGUUUCAUUUAUUUUUGUUGUGUAUAAAAUAACUUGCAACAUGUAACUGCAGUCUCUGUACUUGGCAUGUCUUAUCUAUGUGAACAGUUUUGCUGGUUGUACCACAAAUCUCAUAUAACCUUUAGGAUAUCCUAAAUAAUUGUCCUAAAGACAUUGUGUGCAUUCGUAGCCCCUGCAUUUCAUCUAGUCCCUGCCAUGCAAUCCUCCCUGUGGCCUUGUUGCUUGGUAGUAUGCAAGAGGAGUAUCUAUGAUAGAAGUGGACUGGAUGCCCAGUGCUUGCUUCCUGACAUCUGGUGCUGGAUUGUUGUUUCCAAUCUUUGAAAUAGUCCUGUGAAACUGAUGCAUACUAAUAGCAAUGUCUAAGUGCCAUUAAAAUAAAAACAAGGUGGAAAAUUA